AUGGACAAGACUCUCGCUCUGCCAUUGGUGGCCAUGGGGAACGUUCCUCAAAUAGCCAUCCAGCUUGCCGUGGACUUCAGGAAGGACCAGCUGGCCAAAACGACCAUUUACAGCACAUACCAAUAUCCGUUUGUGGGGCCAGACUUGUCGGUCGGAGAGGCGUCUAAUAGAGUCAUUGGGAAACGUAAAGACUUGGCAAGACCGCUCCACCUCUAUAGAGGCCAUGGUGGAACCAGUGAACCUCGUGUUGACUAUUUACAGCUCCACUCGCCCAUUAUUCCAGGAUGCGAGUCGUUGUUCAUCAAGGAGCUCGUCAAGCUAAUCGAACAUGAGCAGUAUACCAAGAUCAUCGUCUUUGAUGCCAAGGACAGAGGUCUCUGGCAUGGUGAGAAUGCCACUCUUGUCGAAGAACGCGUUCUGCAUUGGGGGAAUCAAACACUAAGCGGGUUACACCUUGAUGAUGAUGAUGAUGAUGAUCACGACGUGGCCGACACAAGGCGUGGCAAAGGGGGAGACAGUGAAGAGCUCCCGAGUGUCAAUGACACCAACCCCUUUGUGAGGUUCCUCGUAAACAUGCUCCCCGAGACGGAGAUUGACUACUAUGCUGUGAGUGUCUACGAUGGAUGGAACAUGGACGCCGCAUACGCCCUCUUGGACGCCGCCCGUCUCCCUGUCGAGCGUGUCGCAGAGAGAGACGCCUUUGAACCCACACCGGGCGUGUAUGUUUAG